AUGAGCCAACCGACGAUAGCGCUUACAUAUGAUGAGCUGGUUAACCGGAUUGUACCUGGGCCCCAGAGCCUAAGCUAUUUUGUGCCUCUGGUGAUACUGCCAAUCGCCUUCUCAAUACCGCCAUGGAUCGCGUCGAAGCAGACGCUAUGCGCUGUUGCCUUGCCUAUAAUCACCGCCUCUCUCGUACACGCUUGGACUAUCAUGGGCGGUAUAGACGUCAUCUCCUUUGACAUGCUGCUUCACAGCUGUCACCUGCUCCUCUUCAACGACCCGCGCCGGCACUUCCGCAGGAUAGUUGCCAAAACAGCCACCGCAGAGAAGACUCGGACACCGGAACUAGGCAGUCGCGACAGCAAGAAUGAGUCAACAACACCGCAAUAUGUCGAACAGGCCUACCCUGCCAACUGGAGCGAGAGGCUGCCUUGGGUUGGAACAUUGCUCAUUUCAAUGCGUUUCGUGGAUUGGAAGAUUGGUUCGCCAUCGCAUGACUCCAAACAGCCAGAUCGAUGUCCAAAUCCACCAAGUCACCUGCGCUUCAUACUCACGGCUUUCUUGCGCACACUGACUGGUUAUGUGGUGCUGGAUCUGACGUCUGCCUGGGCGCAACAUGAUCCAUACUUCAAGACUUUUGGCGUGAGUGUCGAUUCGCCGUUGCCACAACAUGACCUAUUGGUUUCGUUGCCACCCCGUUUGAUCAGAUGCACUAUCAUAGCACUUCAAGUUUGGGCAACUGUUGGUCAGCAGUUUCAACUCCCAUGCACUCUGCCAGUGGCCUUGCACUGGGCGGGUUAUCUUCCAGACGCGUGGAGUCCACACCUCUGGCCAACCUUCUUUGGCAGCUUUAUAGCAAUGUUCACGACUUCAAGUCUCGGUGCAGUGCGCAAUUUCUGGGGUCGCUACUGGCAUCAGACCUUAAGACACUAUUGCUCAGGCCCAGGAGUCUGGCUGGCAGACCUAGUGCGCUUGCCUCGUCGUAGUCAAAGCCGCUAUCUCUUGAUCAGCGCAACUACAUUCUUCUUCUCUGGUAUCGUGCACAUCGGCCUAGUACCUCCAAACCCCAUGUUUGCUCUCAAAUCCGCGAAUCAGCUUCGCAGGCUCAUUCUGACGUUCUUCUGCUUGCAACCAGUAGGAUUUGCAUUUGAGACCGCUGUAUCAGCGGGUUUGCGUCGUAUCGGCAUUCCCAAGCCCAUCUAUACCAUUCUGAACAUUUUGUGGUUUACAGCAUGGUGUUGUUUUGUGUUACCUCUCCUAGGAGAAGCAGGUCGCAAUCUGGGUUACUGGCUCGUCUGGCCUGUGCCAAUUAGUCUCUGGCAAGGCAUCACUGUAGGAAAAUGGCUGACAAAUGGCUGA